AUGUCUAGCGGCACCUUGUUUGUACAAGACUCCCGCACCGGAGUCAAAUACGAAAUCCCCAUUCGUCGAAAUGCCAUCCAGGCCAUUGAUCUACGACGCAUCCGAGCCCCUGCGACAGAAGCCGACCGUGCCGAUCAGGUCUCGCGAGGUCUGCGAGUCUAUGAUCCGGGCCUCCAGAAUACGGCUGUGGUGGAAUCGGCCAUCAGCUUCUCGGACCAUGAGCAUGCAUCGUUGAUAUUCCGGGGGUAUACCUUGGAACAACUCUGGGAAAAGGACUUUGAGGACAUGUUCCAUCUUCUACUCUGGGGAAGCUUGCCCACGAGCAGUCAACGGACCCAUUUGAGUGAAAUGCUCGCCCGUUAUAUGGGUGAUAUUCCUCCAAUUGUGCACCAGGCUAUUCAGAAUCUUCCAAGAACGACUUCCUCGCUGCCACUGCUACUUGCCGGGCUGACUGCGUACCUCUCCACGAUGCCCUCUGCUAUCCCUGCUUCUUCCAAUGCGAGUUUGUACCAGGAUGAUAUUGAUCGAGCUGAUCGAUUAAUCUUGCAGACUGUUGCUUGCUAUGCCGUGGUAUUUGCGGCUGCCCGCUGCCAUCGAUUGGGCAUUCCUUGGCAUCGCCCAUUGGUGAAUCGAACAUACUUCGAGAAUCUGUUUACAAUGGCAGGUCUAGUCGACUCCCAAACCGGGCAGCCAGAUCCCUUCAAACUACAUAGCUUUCGUCGCUUUGCCAUGAUCAAUGCUGACCAUGGCAUGGCCCUGGUAGUAUUCUCAACCUUGAUAACGGCAUCCUCUCUGACAGACCCCAUCUCGUGCCUCAUAUCUGCCACUACGGCUGCCUAUGGCCCACUGCAUUUUGGUGCCACCGAGUCGGCUCAGAAUGCGCUCCGAGAGGUUGGAGACCCUGCAAAUGUGCCGGCAUUCCUGGAACAGGUCAAAGCCGGCAAGCGGAAACUAUUCGGAUAUGGACAUCGCGAAUACAAAGGAAUUGACCCCCGUGUAGAACCAAUCAGGAAGAUAUUGAAAGAUCUUCAGCCGGAAUCUAAUUCCCUUUACAAAAUUGCCGAGGCUAUCGAAGCUGCUGCUGCGACGGAUGAAUACUUUGUUUCUCGUCGGCUGUUCCAAAAUGCCGACUUUUACGGGAACUUUGUGUUUACUGGCAUCGGCUUCGAGCCUGAGAUGAUUCCAGCUGCUAUGCUUGCUCAUCGCAUCAUGGGAAUUAUGGCGCACUGGCGGGAAUACAUGGUGACACGCGGCAAACUAUUUCGACCGUCUCACAUCUAUACGGGCAAUAUAAUGGCUGCGACUAAUCCCGCCGCUAAGAUGUAA